UCUACAGAGCAAUCAUCAUGGCAGAAAAGUCAAAUAGCUCAAUAAAAUAUAGAUGGAUGUGGUAUUAUUUGAGAAGAGAUGAGAGUACGGAGUAUGAAAUAUGCAAUAUAUGUAAUAUGCCAUAUACUAGUUCUCACCAUUUCACCAUGCUUAACCAUAUCGCACACGCACAUCCUAUUACAAUUUUGAAAAAACACUUUACUCUAACACAAAACAACGGAAUAAAAUGUAAUUAUUGUCCUAAAAUUUAUAUGGCAUCCAUAAAUCUGAGUAAAUAUACACGAAAUCACUUGACAAAUGAACAUAAGCUUAACGAAAAUAUAGCUAAUGAACUCAAAAUCUGGGUAAACGACCAACUUCUUUUAAUUAAGAAAUGCGAAUCUUGCGAUCAAUUUAAAGAUUCUGAUAUUUUUAAUAAAAUGGUACAUUUAGUCGAAACUCAUCGUGUCAUCGUGCUUCCAAAAUUUAUACCAACAGGCUUAUUAUCAUCAAGAUUAUACAAUCUUUUUCAUCGUGAUAGGAACACCGCAGAUAUUCCAACGUCUAGCAGCAAUCAGCUGCAAACUUGUAACACUUUGAGAACUUACGUUGAUAAUUUUUGUUCCGAUUUAAGUUCUGAUAGGGCAGUGGAGUCUACUAAAGAAGAUGAUACUGGCAAUCUUUCUGAUAUUGCACCAUCAAGCAGCUUACCCUCUGCUUAUACUGCUGAAGAUAUGUCAGAUGUUCAGGCAAGCUCAAUAAACUAUAGAUGGAUGUGGUAUUAUUUGAGAAGAGAUACGAAGUAUGAAAUAUGUAAUAUUUGUGAUGAGAAAUAUUGUUCGACUCACAUUGUAUAUAUGAAAGCACAUAUACAAAAAGAACAUCCUGAUAUUCAUAAUAAAUCGGAAGAAACACCUUUUUUUACAAUAAGGAACAACGAAAUAAAAUGUAAUUAUUGUCUGCAAAUUUAUAAGCCUUCUUUUCGUCUAAAUUGGUAUAUGCAACGUCACAUUAUAGAUAAGCAUAAACUUAACGAAAAUAUAGCUAAUAAACUCAAAAUCUGGGUAAAUCAGCAACUUGAUAUAAUUGAGAAAUGUGAGACUUGCAAACAAUUUGAGAAAUUGGAUAUUUUCAAUUUCAUGGUACAUUUACACAGAAUUCAUGAUGUCACUGUACCUUCAAACUUUAUACCAACAGGGUUAAAAAAUUGUACAUGGAUGUGGUAUUAUUUGAAAAAUGAUACAAAGAUUGAAAUAUGCAAUAUUUGUGAUUAUCAGAAUACCAUUGCACACCGUUCCAAAAUGCUUGGGCAUGUGUCAGGCUUACAUUUUGGAAAGGAUCAACCUUCAGAAUUAGAUAAUACUUUUACUCCUACUGAAACAAACGGAUUAAAAUGUAAUUAUUGUUCUACAAUUUGUAUGCCAUCCUUGAAUCCAUGUACGAAGAUACAAUGGCAUAUAAUAGAAAAACAUAAACUUAACGAAGAUAUAGCUAAUGAACUCAAAACCUGGGUAAACGUCCAACUUCCUUUAAUUGAGAAAUGCGAAUCGUGCAAUCAAUUAAAAAAAUUUAAUAUUUUUAAUAUAAUGGUACAUUUAGUCGAAGCUCAUCGUGUCAUCGUACCUCCAAAAUUUAUACCAACACGCUUAUUAUCACCAAGAUUAUACAAUCUUUUUCAUCGUGAUAGGAACACCGCAGAUAUUUCAACGUUUAGCAGCAAUCAGCUGCAAACUUGUAAGAAGAGAAUUUACGUUGAUAAUUUUUGUUCCGAUUUAAAUUCUGAUAGGGCAGUGGAGUCUACUGAAGAAGGUAAUAGAACUAAUCUUAAGCGUAAUUAUUAACAACUGCUUUUUCGAUUUAACAUAAAGCGAUAUAACACAAACUUAUAAAUAUAUCAAAUGUGUUGCAAACUCAUAAUUUUUUAA